AUGUCUGCGCAGUCGGGAAUCCGUGUUCCCCCCGAGCUGGCGGCCGCCUUUGCGACCGCGACCUCGAACGCCGAGAGCACGCGCGCGCUCGUGUUUACUAUCGAGGGUGAGGCGUACAAGCAUGUCACCACUGUGUCGCCCUCGGGAACGUACACCGAGGACAUUGCCCUCCUCCCCCCUACCCUCCCUACGAAGCAGACUCCCGCUUCGUUUGCGUACCGUCUGGACAGCAAGCUCGCCGGCUCUUACGAGUGGAUGAUGGUCACCUUUGUGCCCGACGAUGCUGGUCCUUCUGCGCCAGGCUCGAUGACUGUUGAACCAUGCCCGUCAUCGACCUGCGACUCCGAAGGCCGGCGUUGGUUCCGUCAGACCUCUGUCAUCCCCUCUAUCAAGUCGAUGGAGGAUACCUCUGCCUCAUCGCGUGCCGGCCUCAUGAAGGCCCUCGGCGCCAACAACUUCAAGCAUGACUGGUUUGCGACUUCUAUUAACGACUUGACCCCGGCUGCGCUCAAGUCUCACCUCAACCACAUUCUGUCUCCUCCUCCUCUGACUGCCUCGGAGGCGGCCCUCAUCGAGAUCAAGGCCGCCGAGGCUGAGGAGGCCAAGCGCGUUGCGAUGGACGGCGAGGCUGCUGCUGCUCGUCGCAAGGCUGUUAUUGGCCUUGGCGGCAAGACCCAGUGGCAGGAUGGUGUUGCCGAUGCGCUCCUCAAGGCUGCGCAGCGUUCUGACGACGGCUGGAUUGUGACUCUUGAAAUCGACUCCAAGAACACUUCAGCGGUCAACCUCCUCCGCUCAGAGGCUUGCACACCCGACGAGGUUGCGUCCAAGGUCCCCGAGAAGUCGCCCGCCUACGUCUUCUACUCGUUCCCCACCCCUCCUCCCCCCAAGCCCAUUGUUCCUGUUGCUGCCCCUGCUCCCAAGGCCUCGCCUGCCUCGGCCCGCAACACUUUCCAGGCAUCGCAGGGCGGUGCUCGUCAGGUCGACACCAGCGACGCUCCCCGCUGGAACGAUGACAAGAAGAGCGGUGACGCGGCGGACGAGGAGGAGGAGAAGAAGGACGAGGAGGUGAAGGAGGACGUCGAGGAGGAGAAGGAGGAGCCCGCUGUCGAAAAGCUCGAGAUCGCCGAGCCUGAGCAGUCCCCCGUGUCGCCACCUUCUCCAGUCGUGGAGAGCAAGGGUCGUGUCCUGUUCAUCUACUGGUGCCCCUCCGGUUCGCCCGUUCGUUUCCGCAUGGUCUACUCGACAACCGUCCGUGGUAUCCAGCAAGACGCGAUGGACAAGGCCGGCUGCGAGAUCAUUGGCAAGCUCGAGACCAGCGACAAGUCGGACCUCGCUGGCCCGCACAUCCGUGAGGCUGUCCCUUCGCGUCCCAAACACGCCUCCAGCCUCCCUACCCCGGCUGCCCGUAUCUUUGGCGCCCCCGCUCCUGCCGGCGCGUCGUUUGGUGCUCCGGCCCCUUCCUCGGCCGCUCCCCCGGCCGCUCGCAGCUUUGCCACCCCGGGCACUGCGCCAGUGUUCGGUGCCCCCGCUCCUGCUGGCUUUGGUCGUCCCAAGCCCGUGCAGCGUUCCCAGACGGCUACUCCCGACUCUGCCCCCGCCACGCCCGUGUCGGCCUCGGCUGGCGGCAACGACACCGACGACAGCCAGGAGCGUAUCCGCUCGGCCUUUGAUGCGUUCGGCCCCCGUGUCAACGCUGGUGGUGGUGGCUUCUCCCGCCCACGGCCCGCGGGCAGGAGGUAG